AUGCGGAAAGAGUGCGACGAGUUGCUCGCCGCAAACGUCCGCGACGCGGACGGGUACCGCGCGUGGAGACGGCGAUGCGACGAGUGUCUCCGACUCCUGCGGGAGCAGUGUCGAGUCAAACGUUCCGGGAAGCGAGGAAACACGGGAGCCGUGAGUGCUCUGGUGGCUCUGAUAACGCGAUUGGAAGGUUCGAGGGAAGAUCUGCGUCGACGAUUCGAACGCGCCGUAGGUGCCGGCUUGGACGGAGGGGAAGGUGGUAGCGGCGGCAGCAGCGACAGAGGUUUCUCGUGGAUCGAGAUCGACGCGGCGUUCCAACGUCGCGUGCUGACCGGCGCCGUGACGAACUCGACGUACAUCGAGCCCGCGCGAUUUCUCGACGACGCGAAGGGCACCGUGCUCGAAAAGGUGCGGGAUAAUAUGACCGAACACGGGUGUUUGAAGGUCAACGUCAUAUUCAACGGGGAAUUCGUAGCGGACGUUAAGACCGACGUGAAGAGUAUCGCUACGCGGAACGAACAGCUUGUCCCAGGGUCUGAUCUGAGCGAGUGGUACGAUAGGCACGUGCGCGACGCGAGUCUAACGCGGUUGGAAGAAUUUCAGGAACGCGACAGCGGAUGGGCGUUGUCGCGAAUAUUGAACCGUUGUUGGAUGAAAAUACCGCUGGGUAUAAGACUUAAAAAGGCGGUGGUCAACGUGCCGUCGGAGAACGACGCGUGUUUCGCGCGCGCGUGGUCGCCGCCCUGUACCCCGCCGAGCGGCACGCGGAACGAUGCGGCUCAUCUGAAAAAGAUCGGAAAAUUCGAACGUCAGAACGACGUAUCGAUCAACGUGUUUACAACUCGGGAAGGAAUUGAAAAGAAAGCUAAGUUCGGCCGAGGCGCCGACCACAACGCGAUCGUGCCUCUGCGGUUGACCGACGAUAAGCGGGACAGGCACGUAAAUCUGCUGUAUCUGCGCGAUACGCUGCGCGGCGUCAACAGGGGCCAUUUCGCCUGGAUAAAGAAUUUGUCGCGAUUGGUGAAUUCGCAAUUGACAGCGAAACGGUACGCAAAGCACGUUUGCGAUCGAUGUCUACACUAUUUCUAUACGCGCGACAAGUUGCUCGCCCACAGCGUCGACUGCGGCCGAAUGAACGACUGCGCCGUCGUUCUCCCGAACGAGAGCGACAAGUGGCUGUCUUUCGACAAUUACGUCAGAAAAGAGCAACUUCCCUUCGUGGUGUACGCGGAUCUGGAGUGUUUUCUCGAACGACGGGAGAGGGAAAACGUCGAGGGGGGCCCGAGAACGGAAAGAUACGCUUAUCAGCGUCACGUACCGUUCAGCCUGGGCUACUAUCUGUGCUGCACCUACGACAAUACCGCGUCUGCGUACAGAUAUCGUCGCGGCGAGGAUUGCGUUUCGUGGUUCGUGAACGAGCUUCGCGUUUUCGCGCGUCGCGUUAAGAAUAAAUUUUCCACCAAUAUAGCGAUGGUGGAAUUUACGGAGGACGAGAAAAGCGAAUUUCUGCUCGCGACUCAUUGUCACGUGUGCGGGAAACCGUUUCAAACGGAGGACAAGCGCAUGCGGGAUCACUGUCACCUAACCGGACGCUACAGAGGUCCGGCGCAUUCUCGUUGCAAUCUGAAUUACAGAAACGUUUACGUGAUUCCCGUGUUCUUUCACAAUUUGUCGGGUUACGACGCGCACUUCGUCGUCGAGAAAAUCGCGAACGAUUUCGAGGGCGGGGUCGAUCUGCUGCCGCUCAUGAAGGAAAGCUACAUAUCUUUCUCGAAGACCGUUAAGGAGACGCAGACGGACGGGAAAUGGGAUCGGUACGUGAAGCUUCGAUUCGUGGACUCGUAUAAAUUUUUAGCGGCGAGUAUCGAAACCCUGGCGUCCUAUCUGAACAGGGACAAGCUGAGAAUCACGCGUUCGGAGUACGCGGAUUUGAGCGCGGAGGAUCUCGAUCUGCUCACUCGCAAGGGUGUGUUUCCGUACGAGUACGUCGACAGCGCGGACAAACUGCGGGAUACCGAGCUUCCGCCGCGCGAGGCCUUUUACAGCUCCCUGACCGACGAGACCGCGAGCGAGAGCGACUACGAGCACGCGACGAGGGUCUGGCGACGUUUUCGCGUGCGAGAUCUCGGCGAGUACAGCGAUCUGUAUCUCAAGACCGACGUGCUUCUUCUGGCGGAUAUAUUUGAAAAUUUUCGAGACGCGUGUUCGGCGAGUUACGGGCUCGAUCCCGCGCAUUACUACACGUUGCCGGGGUACACGUGGGACGCCAUGCUGAGGUACACCGGCGUGCGUUUCGAGCUGCUCACCGACAUCGACAUGGUGCUGUUCGUGGAACGCGGAAUACGCGGCGGCCUCAGUCAAUGUUCGCUCAGGUACGCGCGAGCCAACAACAGGCACGUACCGACGCACGACUCGUCCCAGCCCACUACGUAUCUCAUGUAUUACGACGUGAACAAUCUGUACGGCUGGGCUAUGAGCGAAUCGUUGCCCUACGCAAAUUUCCAGUGGCUCGACGAUCCUGAGAAUUUCGACGCGACGACCGUGCCGACGGACAGCGACGUCGGUUACAUUUUGGAGGUGGAUCUCGAGUACCCGCGAGACCUGCACGACGCCCACGCGGAUCUGCCGUUGUGCCCGACGCGCGACAAACCGCCCGGCAAACGACAGGAAAAACUGCUCGCCAAUCUCUACGACAAAUCGCGCUACGUGACGCACUAUCGAAACCUGCAGCAAUGUCUGCGACUAGGUAUGCGUCUGACGCGCGUUCGUCACGUUCUGCGAUUCGCCCAGUCGCCGUGGCUUCGCGUCUACAUCGAGCUGAACACCGCGCUUAGGACGCGCGCGAGCAACGAGUUCGAACGGAAUUUGUACAAACUGAUGAACAACGCCGUCUUCGGCAAGACUAUGGAGAACGUGCGCGAUCACGUGGACGUGCGUCUCGUGACGCGAUGGGACGGGAGAUACGGCGCGGAGGCGUUGAUCGCUAAGCCGAACUUUCACAGUAGGAGCGUCUUCUCGGAGAAUCUGAUGGCGAUCGAGCUGCGAAGGCUCGAGAUAAAAUUCAACAAGCCGAUCUACGUGGGUAUGUCUAUUCUCGAGAUAUCCAAGACGCGUCUGUACGAGUUUCACUACGACUAUAUGGUGCCGCUCUAUCGCGACCGUUGUCGAAUUGCCUACACGGAUACGGACAAUCUGAUCUAUUCGUUAAAAUGCGAAGACGCGUACGAGCGUAUGAAACGCGACGUGCACAGGUUCGACACGAGCGAUUACGCGGAGAACAACGCGCACGGUAUGCCGCGCGUCAACAAGAAGGUGCCAGGUUUGAUGAAGGACGAAAACAACGGCGCGAUCAUGACGGAGUUCGUGGGCCUCAGAGCGAAGAUGUACACUUACAAGGUACUCGGACGCGACGACACCAAGAGAAUAAAGGGUGUCAAAAGAAACGUAGUCGCGAAGAGGAUCACGUUCCAGGAUUACGUGGAGUGCCUGCGGAACGCGCGCGAGCUGAAGACGCGCCAGUCGUGCAUACGCUCGACGCUGCACGAGGUUAACACCGUGUCGGAGCAAAAACUAGCCCUCAGUCCGCACGACGACAAGCGAUACGUGACGUCGAACGGCGAGGAGACGCUUCCGUGGGGACAUUACAAAAUACCGUUGUAA